CGCUCCGGGUUCGCUCCGUUUCCGCCUCGUCCCGCCGGGGCAGCGGCGGCUCCGCGGAGCGGCCGCGACCGAGGCCCGAGCUCAGGUGUGAUCCCUGCCACUCCUGCCCAGCCUGGUGCCAUGGCUGACAUGAUUUUCGGGAGCGGGACGGGCCAGUGGGUUUGCCCCAACGACCGGCAGCUGGCACUGCGAGCCAAGCUCCAGACGGGCUGGUCGGUGCACACAUUCCAGACUGAGAAGCAGAGGAAGACGCAGGCUCUGAGCCCGAAGGAGCUUGAGGUCAUUCUGGAAGUCAUCCGCAAGGCAGAGAAACUGGACAUCAUCGAGCAGCAGCGCAUCGGGCGCCUGGUGGAGAGGCUGGAGAACAUGAGGAAGAACGCGAUGGGGAACGGGCUCUCGCAGUGCCUGCUCUGCGGGGAGCUGCUCGGGCUGCUGGGCAGCACGGCUGUCUUCUGCCAGGACUGCAAAAAGAAAGUUUGCACCAAGUGUGGAAUAGAAACCGUUGGAGCCCAGAAACGUCCCCUUUGGUUGUGCAAGAUCUGCAGUGAACAGAGAGAGGUUUGGAAGAGGUCUGGGGCGUGGUUCUACAAAGGGCUGCCCAAGUACAUCACGCCUCUGAAGAGCAGCAGCAAACCCAUUGAGCUGCACUCACAGCCGUGGCAGAGCGAGCCGGCCGUGCCGGAGUCGGAGAGCGUCGGGACCAGCCGAUCCUUCACCUGGGCCAGGGGAAAAGUGGUUUCUAGUGACAGCGAGAGCGACUCGGAGCUCAGUUCCUCCAGCCUGGAUGACAAGCCUGUGCCUGUGGGGUCAAAAGGCUCACAAGGGAGAAAGCUCCAAGCAGGACUGGUGUCCACCAGGGAGCCCAGCCAGGCUGUGGGCAGGGCUCUGGGCAGCACCCACUCCCUGAUGCUCUCAGGGAGCCACAGCAGCCUGGGCAGUGAGCAGGGGGCCGAGCUCAGUGCCACGGAGAGCUGCCACAGCGACCACCCGCCCGACGGGCGCGACAGCGACGCUGCCACCCGAGCCCCUGGCAAACGGUGUGUCCACACCAGAACACGAUGCUGACGGAGGUGAAGAUGGAGCUGCUUUGCCUGGAUCCAACACUCACCCCUUGCCCACUCCUUAGACCUCGCUCCAGACAGCGACUGCUGCCGGUGGUGACUUUAUGAUUCGGGCUCUUCCACAGGCAAUGGCAACACCUGGGAAAGCACCUGCCUGUCCUCCCUGCCUCACUGACCUGGUUUAUGGCUUGGUCUGGUUUCCUCUCCUGCCAACUGACACCACUUUGGGGUGCUGCUCAGGGAGGGGUGCCCUGCUCUGUGGAGCUGCCGUGGGGUCCAGAGCCGUGUUUGCUGGAAGGGACACGCAAAGUGCCCGCUGGAGCUGAAGGAACGUGUGACACCUCCGCUGUUCCUGGCUUGCCGAGCCCAGCCCUGGGCUUAUCUCCUGUCCUUGCAGGCCUGGCUCUGAAAUCUUCAGGAGAAAGGGAAAUUCACCACUAUGUCCCUGAAACGGGGUGUGAGGAGACUGUGGCCCUUCUAUUGCUUCUCAGCCCGGGGGUGGAUUUCUCUCUGUGGAUGCCAACAGUGAGACUGGGGCUCUCAUUUGCACUUGACUCUCACAGGCAGGGUGUCACCCCUUGUGCUUCUUGUCACUGUUGUUCUGGUUUGAGCUGGUAUGAGUUUGGUGGGGGCAUUUGGAAUCAGCCAGUGGAGCUGAGAUCCCGCUCACUUCCACUGCAGUCUCUCUCUGGGAUGAGUAUCUGCUCAGGGAGACACUGGAGUAAGUAAAGAAACGCUCAAAGAAAUUUGCUAUGAUUUUUUUGGUCCUCCUGUCUGUGCACUGUGCUUGUGUGUCCUGGGUGAGGGUGGUCCUUUGGCAGGGGGAUCAUGGGCAGUGUGUGUUUGCUGCAGCUCCUGGUGGGAGAACAGCCCUUACCCCGUGGCCCAGUUGGCUGCCUUUGCAUACCCGAAUUGGAUAAAAGCUUUCAAAUUACUUUAUCUUGUUAAGCUCUGCAGAUUCUCCUCCCACCUGCGCACCUUGUCAUCUCUUGCAUGAGCAAGGGCCUUUAUUUUACCUUUUUCCUAUGAGUCUUGAGCGUCUUGGCUGACUGUGAUGGUGUCAUCAUGAGUCAGGCUGUUGAAAACUGCAUGCCCCGGUCCUGCUUAUUCUCCGCGAUGGACAAUUUCCCUCUAAGGCCUGACAAAUAAGAAAAAUCAAAUUACCUGACAUCUCUAGAGCAAUUAGAUCUUUGAAGACUUGAACAAAACCCACACUAGGCUGGUAGGAGUCUGUGGAUUUUAUUAAAUGCUUUGGAGCUGACCUGUCUAUUAUGAAGAAACAAAGGAUUCCAAAAAGUUCCCUCUGAAAUCGUGGAGUUAAAGGCAAUUUGUGCCCAUUAACGUCAGUUUUUUCCCUUGGUUAUUACUCUUUUGUUGUUCUCCUUUGCUGCUGGGCGCUUUGUGUGCAUGUAGUGUAUGUUCUUACAAAUGGCUGCAGUAUGAAGAUAAAUGAGAUUGGGUGCUGGAACACUCUAGCAGGAGAUCGGAAAUCAAUCCUUGGCUUUCUUUUUAAAUGAACGUGGUCCAGCAGAGGACCAUUCCCUCACUGCUUUUCCAGUUAAUGUGCUAUGGCAGGUUGCUGGGAAAACGCUUCCAGCUCUUCCUUUGUGAUCUGUUCCUGCCCUUUUACAAAUGAAAACAAAACCUUUGUGGGAUGGCAGAAGGAGGAACCACUGAAUGUGGGCAUUGCAGUGUCGGUGUUGGAGAGACCAAGGGAUGAGGUUGUUCUCCACUGGGGGAUGCUUUAUGGUUUAUGAUCUGUGUUGUCAACCUGGCCACUGAAACUUGACCAGCUGCAUGUCUGGAAGGAGUAUUGCCAAAAUUACUAGCUAUUUCUGAAAAAGUAACUCCAAAUGUCAGCUUUUGCUGAAAUGCUGGUCUGAUUUCAGAGCUGGAGUCGUGCUGUUUCUCCUGAGAGCUGAAGGGUCUUCAAUUUCAGAAGUGUUUUGCCACCCAAAAAGUCCUGUUUUGCCUUGAAGCUUCUGACAGUGCAAGUGAGGCUUGUCUUGCUCACGCUCUCAUUUCUGCAGUGCCUCAGACAGCCUGGCCUGCCAGCCUAAGUUAAUUCUGUAGCAGAAGGAGAAGAAAAAAGACAUUUAAAAAUUGACUAUUUUCUUUAAACCUGUUACUUUUCUCUUCAAAAACUCUUGAGUUAGAAAGAGUUUUUAAAAUUGAGCAUGUUAUUUCUAACUCUUCUUGUGUUCCUUGUGCUUCGUUCCUGGGCAGUGCAGGCAGGUCAGAUGUGUUUCCAUUCCCACUCUCACUUCCCACAGCCAUUUACUGCACUGUGGGUUGCCAGCUCUGCACAGGAACCUGGUGGUCCUCACUGGCUGGCUGUACCACUUUGAGGCAUGAGCUUGAUUUUUAACUGAGACCAGGUUUUAUAAAACACUCUCAGAGAUAAAUUUGGGACUGCUCUGCUAUCAGUGAGACUGGAAACCUUUCUUUCUUACCUCUGUAUUUUAGCUCUGUGGGGUAAUUCCACCUGAGUUCAAACCAGAACUGUUCAGUCAUCUAUGGAAAGAUUCCUCUUGGGUUGAGGGAAGGAUCUGGCCAUGGAGAAUGUGAUCCAGGCACAUCUGAAUGUGAUAGAGGAACAUUUGCAGCUCUGUGCACUAUUUUCUAUUAAAGACCACUUUUUCCUUUGUGGUGUUACCCUUUUUUGUGUUUUGUAACUUCUAUUGGGAUAUUAUCCUAAACCUAUACCAGUUGACUGCCUUCUGAGUUGGCUCAGUGUGAGCAGGAAAGGCUCAGUGAAUGUACUCAAUCUGCUCUGGUCAUUUGUGUUUAUUAUUUUGUUGUUCUUGUCUCCAUCCCUUACAACUUUUAUGUAGUGUUUUACUACUGGAAACAAU